AGAAAUUAAAUUCGUAAGUAUUAGGGUUUUCUUUAAAAUUUUAUUUUUUACGUAAGUUUAUAUUAUGUUCAUAUUUGAGUGUUAACCUUGGUUUUAAAAAGCAUCCUUUUGGAUAUUGAAAUUUCUUAGUAAAAUGAAAGUAAAAAAGACUUGGGGUGAAAUCUUCACUCUUUGUUGUGUGGACACAGACAAGUUACUUUUGCUUCUGUGGUUAACCCAGUUUCCCCCCCUAUAAAAUGGAGUUUGUGAGAUACCUCGUUCCAAGGAAUGAAUGUAUAUUUGCAAAAGUACCUGGCACGCUACCUGUCCCCUAGUAAAAUGCUCAGAGUGUGGCAACUGCUCACUUUUAGUGUUAUUGAACAUUUAUAGGUUUCUCCAGCAUCGCUCAGCUUGCGUAUGACCAACCUGAGUAAUAGCGCACUGGUUACAAGAAUGGGUGCUCUCGGGGCAGGACUACCUGGGAUAGAAACUUGUCUCUGCCAUUAGCUGUGUGACCUUGGUAGAUAGCGCCAUUCCUCAGAUUCCGCACGUCUAAAAUUGAAAAAUGGGAGUGAUAGUACAGGUCCCGAAAGAUCUGACCUGAACUGAGGUAAAGCUAUUAAUAUAUAGUGUUUACUUGUCACACUUCCAUGUGAUAAGCUUCACAGUAAAAAUAUUAGUGCUUCAUUACUGUAAUAUCCGCUCUGAGUAUUACAUAUUAUGUAUUAUACCCAGUGUAUAACUUUAAAAACAUAGUCUCUCGGGUUUUUGGACAUGUAGAAUUGUACCUUGGGAAAUUAAAUGAAAGAAUCUAGCAUCGUGCCCUGUCACACAGUCAGGUGUCCACAAAGAAUUAGGUAUUAUUUUUAAUUGAUCAACUCCCAUUUUUUUCCAUACAAUUUUGGAACAUACUGUUAAACAUAAUUUUUGUGAAAUCUAAUGGCAUAAUAACCCGUUGACUCCUAGGUACAUUUUAGGUUGGUCUGUACUAUCUGUGCAGUUUUUAGAAGAAUUAAAACUUGCACCUAACGUUUUCAGUUACCUAUGUUCAUUGAACACUGUACUCUGAAAGAACCACCGAUAUGCUAAAUGGAGUUUUUUUCCCUUGUCCUUCAGAUCAUUGUUAUGUAUUUACAAGUCUUAGAAUGUGAACGUAAUCAAACCCUGGUUCAAACUGCCUGGGUAGUCCAUGAUGGUAAGUCAUAGAACUCUGCCCUCUGCACUUCAGCCCAUGACCUCAGGAUGGCCUGAUUGGCUGCCCUGCUCUCCAGCCAAUCCAGUGCAAGCUCUCAUCCGAGAUUCACUGAAGUGGUCCAUAUCCAUCUGGCAGCAUCUUCUAGUUCUGUCGGGGUGUCCAAAGGAUUUGUAUAUUUGUUUCUAGAAGUAACUAUUCAACAUGCCUGUGUAUUUAAUGUAUACCUGUAACUAUCAAAAUGAAUAGUUCAUUUUUGAUAGAUUUCUUGUUCAGAUAUUAUGAAUUAAAUGAUUUUUUUUGUUAGGAAUUUGACUAGAUUUCUAUUUUUAGUAUGUAUAGCAUGAAUUCUAUCAAAUGAAACUACAACUUGCAGCUUAAAAUGGGCAUCAUUCCCAUACUGGAUGAAUUUCUAGCUGCUGGGUUGUUGCAGGCAAUAAUAUUAGAAGUACUACUUCAUUCUUAAAAGACAUUGUUAACAUAAGCACUGUAGAACUUGGACUUCUGAGAUGCAGAUGUGUCAUUUGGAGUGCUGGCUUAUUUAAAGGUAAAACAAGGAGUUUGUGGUCCCGCCACAAAUACUGUCUCCGAGUCUGUUGAUGAUGUGCAGGAUUUAAAUGACGAUUUUUAUGUUCUGGACUUACGACUGCCCUACUUCUUUUGGACUCAGUAGAUAGUAGUAAUAUUAGCAGAGUCUGUUGAUUUUAUAAAAUGCAUGACAUUUUUAAUAUAUGUUCUAUAAAACAGCAGUUUUCAUGGAUAAGGAUUUUUAAGAAAUAGUCUUUAAUUUUAAUCUUUUAAACAAUUUGUAAAAUUUCUUCACUACUUUAGGAAUGUUGCGGGGAGGGUACACUCAAGAAGAGGUCCAGCAGUUUAUUAACUGAAGUAGUUUAUUGCUUUUAUUAAUAGUCACAAAAAAGGUUUAUAAACAAGGCUGUUGUAUGUAUUUAUUGCUCUUCACUUCCGUACCUAGAUUUUCUGAAGUAGCUUAGUUUUCUUAAUAUAACUUGAUGAGUGGUUACUGAAAAUGCCUUUUUACCCGUCACAAUAUUUUGAAAGAACUUGGUUGACACUGCUUUUCAUUGUGGAUAAAGGAGAGAUGGUCAAUAAUUAAUGGCUCGAAGUAUUGUUGGAGUGGUUUAUCAUUUCUGAAAGUUGUCGUGUCUGAAUUGACUUUCAAAGCAUUGCUUUUCAGAUAAAUAUAUUUUCAAAACUUUAGAAGUAAGUUCUAUUUGGAAUAAUAAUAUGGAAUUAUUUUAAAGGACUUCGAUAAUAUAUACGAAAGUUGAAGAAUGAUUCUAGUGUUAAAUUCUUCUCUUGCUUUUUGAGUUAAGAAUUGUUACAUGCUAGAAUAUGAGGAUAUGAAUAUGAGUAUGAGAAGAAAAAAGAAUAAAGUAGAUUGAGUCUCCAAUUUUAUGUAAGCUUCAGAAGAACUGGUUUGUUUAUGUACAGAGCUUAUGGUUGAAAUAUUUUUCAGGAAUUAUAUGAAUGACAGUCUUCGAACCAAUGUGUUUGUUCGGUUUCAACCAGAGACUAUAGCAUGUGCUUGCAUCUACCUUGCAGCUAGAGCUCUUCAGAUUCCGUUGCCAACUCGUCCCCAUUGGUUUCUUCUCUUUGGUACUACCGAAGAGGAGAUCCAGGAAAUCUGCAUAGAAACACUUAGGCUUUAUACCAGAAAAAAGCCGAACUAUGAAUUGCUGGAAAAGGAAGUAGAGAAGAGGAAAGUAGCCUUACAAGAAGCCAAAUUAAAAGCAAAGGGAUUGAAUCCUGAUGGAACUCCUGCCCUUUCAACCCUCGGUGGAUUUUCCCCAGCCUCUAAACCAUCCUCACCAAGAGAAGUAAAAACUGAAGAGAAGUCGCCAGUCUCCGUUAAUGUGAAGAUGGUCAAGAAAGAACCUGAGGAUAAACAACAGGCUUCCAAAAGCCCUUACAAUGGUGUAAGAAAAGACAGCAAGAGAAGUAGAAAUAGCAGAAGUGCAAGUCGAUCGAGGUCAAGGACGCGAUCACGUUCUAGAUCACACACUCCAAGAAGACAUUACAAUAAUAGGCGGAGUCGAUCUGGAACGUACAGCUCAAGAUCAAGAAGCAGGUCCCGCAGUCACAGUGAAAGCCCAAGAAGACAUCAUAAUCAUGGUUCUCCUCACCUUAAGGCCAAGCAUACCAGAGAUGAUUUAAAAAGUUCAAAUAGACAUGGUCAUAAAAGGAAAAAAUCUCGUUCUCGCUCUCAGAGCAAGUCUCGGGAUCACUCAGAUGCUGCCAAGAAACACAGGCACGAAAGGGGACAUCAUAGGGACAGGCGUGAGAGAUCUCGCUCCUUUGAGAGGUCCCACAAAGGCAAGCACCAUGGUGGCAGUCGCUCAGGACAUGGCAGGCACAGGCGCUGACCUUUGAGCAUGCAUCAGUUCCUGGUUUUGCCUAUCUCCAAUGUGAUGUAUGGACUCGUAAUCAAAACAUUAAAAGCAAACUGAUUAGGAUUUGAUUUCUUGAAACCCUCUAGGUCUCUAGAAACACUGAGGACAUUUUCUUUUGAAAAGAACUAUGUUAAUUUUUUUUUUUUUUUCUUUUUGCACAUUAAAAUGCCCUAGCAGUAUCUAAUUGAAAACCAUGGUCAGGUUCAGUUGUACUUACUAUAGUUGUGUAUUGUUUAUUGCUAUAAGAACUGGAGCGUGAAUUCUGUAAAAAUGUAUCUUAUUUUUAUACAGAUAAAAUUGCAGACAUUGUUCUAUUUAAGUGGUUAUUUGUUUAAAUGAUGGUGAAUACUUUCUUAACACUGGUUUGUCUGCAUGUGUAAAGAUUUUUACAAGGAAAUAAAAUACAAAUCUUGUUUUUCUAAACUGCUUCAAAUACCUUAUUUAAAUAAAUUAUUAAAAACAGCAAAAUUUUAAUAGUAAAAUGACUUAUUUUUCUGACGCACCUCUUCUUUCCUCUUUUAGUUGUAGUUUGAGAUUAUUAAAAUACAAUUGUUUAUUGGGAGCUAUUAUAAAAGCCUUCACUGUCUAUAGGAAAAGCAAAUAGAGUGGCCCAACAAUGGAACAUUAAAUGUUAGGUGGUAGCACUAAACCAGUCUUGAAGUUGAAACCUGGUUUGCAUAUAAAUAGUACCAUAAGGGUAAGUCAGUUCUAAGCACUGUUUCCAAAGUGACCUGCCGCCUUGAACAAGCCAAAGCUUUAACAUGAUAGUAAAUCAGACCCAACUAUUGAUCUUUAAAGUUUUUCAUUAAUUGAAAUAUUUAGAGAUGAUUUUUGUCUUUGUUACACGCUCUCAAGGCAGCCCUGAACCGUGGCAGUGCUGUGAAUUGAGUUUUUAUCUAGGCUAGGAGAAUGCAGCGGUCCUGGCUGGCUAAGUAAAAUCUGACUGCAAAGAAAACGAAAUUUUCUUGGAAAAGCCAGAAGUCAUAUGUUCAAAUGAAUGAAGUUACAUAUUUUGGAAGUGAAUUAAGAGAUCUUAAGGCCAUAAUAAAUAAAAAUUUUUAUUACUUUACAGUUA